AUGGAUGAUAUGAAACGAGAAGCAGCAAGAAGGAAUUGGAGGCGACUCGUCAAGAAAAUUAAUUCGAAUAAACAGAAUGGAGUGAAAAAUUGCGGCGGCGGGGAACGUGGACAACUCCGACAAGCUGGCCGAAAGAAAGUGCCAGCAGCCAUAUCAGUCCCCCACGGGGAGCCUGGUCCUCUGAUGCUCUGCAAUUUCAGCGUUUUCAGUGACAGGGGAUUCAACUAUUCUGGAGAGCAAGUUGAAGAGGAGAUACGCCCUGGAAUGGGAAUAUCUGGCCUCGGUGCUGGACCGUGUCCUUCUAAUCGUCUUCUCAUUGGUCGUAUUCACUGUGACAUCAAUCAUGAUCCUGGAUCUCAAAAUAAUCCACUGGCUUGUCUAUGGAACGAUUGCUGA